AUGGAGAAUUUCAGGAAAAUGGUUUUGUGGUUGAUGGUCCUUAUGAUGGCUACAUUUUUGGUGGAGUGCAGAGACUGUGUACUGCACAGGGUUGGAGGAGGAAGAUAUAGUUGGGCACCAAACAUUAACUUCACCGAGUGGUCGAGUCACGAGCAGUUCUAUAAGGGUGACUGGCUAUAUUUCGGGUUUGACAAGCACCUCUACAAUGUUUUGGAGGUGAACAAGACAAGCUACGAGAAUUGCAUUGACAAAAACUUCAUAGAGAAUAUUACAAAGGGUGGUCGUGACGUGUUUAAUCUCGCGGAGGCAAAGCCGUAUUACUUCCUCAGUGGCAAAGGCUACUGUUUUAAGGGAAUGAAAGUCGCUGUCUAUGUCCGUGAUAACAUACCGCCACUGGGGGCACCAUUUCUAGUCUACAAUGCUCAUGUGGCGAUGAGCGGGCGAGUGUGCCAGCCGAGCAUCAGAAACCCAUUGGGGAUGGACAGUGGAGAUUUGAUGGGGGAGAGGAAAAGGGUGGUGGUGGUGCGGAGGUGUUGGGAUCUAUGA